AUGAACAUAGAAAUUUUAAAUAGUAUUCAUGGUGGUGUAGUUUUAAGUAUUAAUAAUUAUUUAUACAUAAAAAAUAAAGACUACAUUAGAAAAAUAGACAAUGUACAUAUUUUUUAUUGGACUUGUGUAAAAAAAUGUGGUGCAAAAAUUCGGACUUUUUGUGAAAAUAAUGUACAUUAUAUUGACAAGAAUUGUAUUUUUUCUGAAAAUGACCAUUUGCACGGAGCUGAUCCAAUAAGUGUAGGAGCAAGAAAAAUAAAAGAAACUAUAAAAAAAAAUGCACGAGAAAAUCAUGAUAAACCAAUACAAAUAUACCACGCUGCAAUCGCAGGAACGUCUCAAACAAUUAAUUCACAUGUCAGUAAAGAAGCGGCUCGACAAAUUAUUAAACGUCAAAGACGUAAUGAAGAUAUUUACUUGGAGCCACAAACAGCAGAUAUAAUUGACUUACCGUUAUACUUGCGUGAAACAUUAUCAGGUAAUGCAUUUUUAGUAAAAAAAACCAACGAAGUUUUGUUGUUUACAACUUAUGAAAAUUGUACAUUUUUACAAGAAUCGAACUGUUGGAUAGCAGAUGGAACUUUUAAAGUGUGUCCAAAUAUUUUUUACCAAUUAUAUGUUAUUCAUGGUUUAAUUAAGAGAGGAAAUGAUACAACACAACACAUUUUUGUUCCACUGGUAUAUGCUUUAAUGACUUCAAAAACAGAAGAACUUUACGUAAAAAUGUUUAAACUUUUAAUUGAAUACUGCAAUGAUAAUAAUAAAAGAAUUGAUGAUAAUCCUGAUUUAGAAAUCGUUACUGAUUUUGAAAAAGGUGCAAUUAAUGCAUUAAAUGAUAUGUUUCCUCUCGCAACACAUUCUGCAUGUUUUUUCCAUUUAUCACAAAACAUUUUCAAAAAACUUCAAAGUCUUGGUCUCUCUUCAAUGUAUUCUAACGAUCCAGAAUUUAAUUUAUUAGCAAAGCAAAUACCUGCCUUGGCAUUUUUACCAGCUAAUAUGAUUGUAGAUGGGUGGACAUUAUUGAAACCUUUCUUUAAAACCGAAGCAGAACAACAAUUAUCACAAUAUUUUGAGGAAACGUAUGUUUUGGGAAAAUCAGGUAUGCGUUUGAGAGGAAGACCAACAAAACAAACCAUACGUAAUCCACCAAUGUUUCCUCCAGAAAUGUGGUCAGUAGCUGACCGUCUAAAUCUUGGUUUGCCAAGAACCACAAACGUUGCAGAAUCAUGGCAUAGAAAAAUAAAUAGACUAGUUUCUCCUAAUCCAGGUCUAUUUAACUUCAUUAAGUUAAUACAAAAAGUGCAAAACGAAACAGAAUCAACAGUUGAACAGCUUAUACAAGGACGGACUUCAAAAAGAGCAAAAAAGAACGUCGAUGUACAAAAUGCUCGCCUUAAAUGUAUUCAACAAAGAAUUUACGAUGACGAAAAUUUAGACAAGUUAGAAUUUUUAAAAGGCAUUGCACAUAAUUUAACUUUAUAA